AUGGCCAACGCAGGUCCUCGGCCCAUAGAGCCGGCUCGCCGCUCCAGCUCAGCACGCUCCUCUCACCAUGCCGCCGCUGUCGCAAGAACAGGCACGGCAUCGGCUGCCCACGAGCCCGUCGAUGUCAACUUGCCCUACCGCACCCUCUCGGCCAACGCAAACAUGGCCGAGUACGAGAUCGAGACUAAGACGGGCGUGUUGCCGGCCGGGCCUCUGAACGGCACCGAGCGAAACUACAAGCUCGUCACUUUCGUCGAGGGCGACCCCGAGAACCCCAAGAACUGGUCCCGCGCCUACAAGUGGUACUGCACCAUGGUCGUUGCCGUCACUUGCUUCAUUGUCGCUUUCUGCUCCAGUGUCAUCACAGCCGAUAUCCCCGGUGUUGCCGAAGAGUUCAACGUCAGCGAGGAGGUUGCUUUGGUUUCUAUCACAGUCUUUGUUGUUGGAUUCGGUGUCGGGCCCAUGAUCUUUGCACCGCUUUCUGAAAUCUACGGACGCCGCGUCAUCUAUGGCUCGACCCUCUCUAUUGCCGUCGUCUUCAUCAUCCCUUCCGCUGUGGCCAAGAAUAUCGGAACUCUGAUCGCCUUCCGGACCCUUGACGGCAUUGCCUUUUCCGCGCCCAUGACGCUCGUUGGCGGCACGCUUGCCGACCUUUGGCGCACGGAGGAGAGGGGCGUACCCAUGGCUGCCUUCUCUGCCGCCCCUUUCAUUGGCCCUGCGAUUGGCCCCCUCGUUGGCGGCUUCUUGGCUGACGCCUGCGGCUGGCGCUGGCUAUACUGGAUCCAACUCAUCGCGGCUUUUGUCGUUUGGGUUCUGAUCACCUUCACUGUUCCCGAGACAUACGCACCCACUAUUCUUGACAGACGUGCCAAGAAAAUGCGCAAGGAGACGGGCAACGCCGACCACGUUACCGAGCAGGAUCUUGACCUGCGGCCAUUCUCUGAGCGCCUGGGAAUCUUCUUGAUCCGUCCGUUCCAGCUCCUCUUCCGAGAGCUCAUUGUCCUUCUCAUCAGCCUCUACAUGUCGGUUCUCUAUGGGCUGCUCUACAUGUUCUUUGUCGCCUACCCUAUCGUCUUCCAAAAGGGCAAAGGCUACUCGGCCAGCAUUACUGGCUUGAUGUUCAUUCCUAUCGCGUUUGGCGUCGUUUGCGCCGCCUUCUGCGCGCCGUGGGUCAACAAGCACUACCUCGAGACCGCUAAGAAGUACAACGGCAAACCGCCCGCCGAGAUCCGUUUGAUCCCCAUGAUGUUGAGCUGCUGGUUCAUUCCCCUGGGUCUCUUCAUAUUUGCCUGGACAUCUUACGAGCGUCUGACCUGGGUUGGCCCUUGUCUUGCCGGACUGCCCGUCGGAUUUGGCUUCAUCUUCCUCUACAAUUCCGCCAACAACUAUCUUGUCGACUCGUACCAGACCCAGGCGGCCUCAGCCCUUGCCGCAAAGACGUGCAUUCGUUCAUUCUGGGGCGCCGCUACUGUUCUGUUCACAGAGCAGAUGUACGAGCGCCUAGGAAUGGAGUGGGCCUCGAGCCUGCUCGGCUUCCUCGCUCUUGGCUGCUGCCUCAUUCCGUUCCUGUUCUGGAAGUAUGGCGCCCAGAUUCGGGCCAAGAGCAAGUACGCCAGCGGUGACGAGGACGAGGAGAAUUUCUCGUCGUCUUCUGAACUAGAGCAUGAAAAGCACCCUGAUCAAGGCCAUCAGAACGCCGACGACUUGAGACGAGCCCAGAGUUAUGUGAGCAACCCCUAA